GGACUUCAGAUUUCCUCUAUGACAGCUGGCACCAGCACAAGGAACACUUCACAGAAAAUGUAAACAAUGGCCCUUGCUAAUUUAAUACCUAAACGUCCUACAGGUUGGAUGCACCGUGAAAUGACCAUAAUAAUCGCCCUGGCUUCUGUGUCUGUUGUAGCUGUGCUUAUUGUUUUUUUUCUUCUUUGGAUAUAGGAUAUUUGGAGAAGAUCGGAAGCAAGGUCUGCAUAGUAUGAAUAUGAUGGAAGCUGCAACAUCAGAACCAUCUUUAGAUUUGGAUAACCUUAAGUUAUUAGAGCUUAUUGGUCGUGGUCGUUAUGGGUCAGUGUACAAAGGAUCCUUAGAUGAACGUCCAGUGGCUGUGAAAGUUUUUUCAUUCAACAAUCGACAGAAUUUUAUCAAUGAAAGGAGUAUAUACCGCACUCCUUUGUUGGAGCAUGAUAACAUUGCCCAUUUUAUUGUGGCUGAUGAGAGGGUGACUUCAGAUGGACGUCUGGAAUACCUGCUAGUAAUGGAGUACUAUGCAAAUGGAUCCCUUUGCAAAUAUUUAAGUGUGCACACCAGUGACUGGCUCAACUCCUGCCGCCUGGCACACUCGGUAACCAGAGGAUUGGCAUACCUACAUACAGAGCUGCUUCGAGGAGAUCUAUACAAACCGGCUAUUUCACACCGUGACCUGAACAGUCGUAAUGUGCUAGUGAAGAGCGAUGGCACUUGUGUUAUCAGCGACUUUGGCCUGUCCAUGCGACUUACAGGAAACCGGCUGGUGAGGCCAGGAGAUGAGAUGAAGAUAAUGCAGCAAUAAGUGAGGUUGGCACAAUCCGUUACAUGGCUCCUGAAGUCUUGGAAGGAGCAGUGAAUCUGAGAGACUGCGAGUCUGCUUUGAAGCAAGUGGACAUGUAUGCACUGGGCCUCAUAUACUGGGAAAUCUUCAUGAGAUGUACUGAUCUCUUUCCUGGAGAAUCUGUACCGGAGUAUCAAAUGGCAUUUCAGGCUGAAGCUGGCAAUCACCCUACAUUUGAAGACAUGCAAGUAUUGGUGUCAAGAGAGAAGCAAAGGCCUAAAUUUCCAGAGGCAUGGAAAGAGAACAGCCUGGCUGUAAGAUCACUCAAAGAAACAAUUGAUGAUUGCUGGGAUCAGGAUGCAGAAGCCAGGCUUACAGCCCAGUGUGCAGAGGAGAGAAUGGCUGAGUUAAUGAUGAUCUGGGAAAGGAAUAAGUCAGUAAGCCCAACCAUCAACCCAACCUCUACAGCUGUGCAGAAUGAGCGCAAUCUGUCACAAAGUCGACGGGUCGCAAAAAUUGGUCCAUACCCUGAUUAUUCAUCAUCAUCUUAUAUUGAAGAUUCUGUGCACAACCCUGACAGUAUAGUAAAGAACAUCUCAUCUGAGAACUCCAUGUCCAGCACUCCCCUUACUACCAGUGAGAAGAAUCGGAACUCUAUUAACUAUGAGCGCCAGCAGGCUCAGGCACGUCUCCCUAGCCCAGAGACCAGUGUAACCAGCUUGUCAACCAACACUACCACUACCAACACUACAGGGCUAACACCAAGCACUGGUAUGACCACAAUAUCUGAGGUCCAGUACUCAGAUGAAACUAUGCAUGGCAUACAGCCUACUGGGCCCACUCCUGUUUGUCUGCAGCUCACAGAGGAAGACCUAGAGACCAAUAAGCUGGACCCAAAAGAAGUUGAUAAGAACCUAAAGGAAAGCUCAGAUGAAAACCUUAUGGAACAUUCCCUGAAACAGUUCAGUGGGUCUGACCCACUGGGCAGCACCAGCUCCAACUUAUUUUACCCACUAAUUAAGCUGGCAGUGGAAUCCACAGGGCAGCAGGAUUUUACCCAAGUGGGAAAUGGCCAAGCUUGCUUAGUACAAGACAUACACCCUGCACAACACUAUCCUCUUCCUAAGCAACAAAACCUUCCCAAAAGACCCACCACCCUUCAGCUAAAUACUAAAUCCUCUGGCAAAGAGUCUAGGCUUAAAUUUGGCAGCAAGCACAAAUCUAACUUGAAGCAUGUUGAGACAGGAGUGGCCAAAAUGAACACAGUGAGUGCUGCAGAACCCCAUGUGGUGACAGUAACCACAGCUGCCGGUAGGACAGGUUAUGUGAACUCUCAGGGGCCCUCAAGCCAGCAUUCAAAUACAGUCUUAGGUCCCAGUACCAACUCCGUAGCCCAAAGAGCACAGGAGAUGCUACAAAACCAAUUCAGAGGUGAGGACAGCCGUCUGAACAUCAACUCUAGUCCAGAUGAGAAUGAGCCACUGCUGAGGAGAGAACAACAAGCUGGGCAAGAUGAGUCUGUACUUGACCGACUAGUGGAAAGGAGGGAUCGGCCACAGGAGACCAGCAGGGUAAACUCAAAUAACAAUAACAACAGCAGCCAGUGUGUACAGCAAGAUCCAGGAGCACAGGUUCCUUUUGUAGAACAUAGACAACGCCAGACAAGGAGAGCACAGAGACCUAACUCCCUGGACUUGUCCACCUCCAGUAUUAUGGAUAACUGCAGCACACAAUGUGAUACGCUAUCAGACAGUCGGGCUGGCUCAGGCGAGAAGAUAAAGAAGAGAGUAAAGACACCAUACUCCCUGAAACGAUGGCGCCCCUCCACAUGGGCAAUCCCCACUGAGCGUCAGGACUGUGAGGUCAACAACAAUGGAGGCGAUGACACCUUCAGCCACUCAAAGUCGAGCACAGCUGUUUACCUUAUAGAUGGGGGCACCACCACUGCUGCCCUUUCUAAAGAUGCCAGGAUGAGCUGCUUGUAA